UUCAAGGAGACUAUCCUUCGCUACCAUGCCUUUAUUCUAAAGAACAGGCUAUUUUUAGGUCGCAAAGAACAGCGACAGCAACCACAUCAAUGGAUGGAUCACCUCUUCCUCCCCCUGACGCUGGCGGAGCCGAUGGAUCACCUCCAGCUCCCCCUGACGCUGGCCGAGCCGAUGGACCACCUGCUCCUCCCCCUGACGCUGGCGGAGCCGAUGGAUCAUCCGGCGGUGGAGCUCCUCCUCCUCCCACUAGCGACAGCAGCGGCGGCGGCAGUAGCUCGAUUACCGCUGGCGCGAUUGUGGGGAUUGCCGCGGCCGGGAUUUUGAUCUUGAUCGUGCUCGCGCUGGUGGUUUACUGCCUCCGAAGGAAGUCCAAGAGGAUGUAUAGACGACAUGACCACGAGUAUGGAUCAGGGCAAUGCAAAGCUGGUAAAGUUUCUUCCUCUCUCUUUUGCUUGCGUGCUUUUCUUCAUCUUUGGUCCACAAGCCUCCUCCGCCACCACAAUGACCACAAGCCUCCUCCGCCACCACCGCACUACAGUAGUUCGGGAAGACAGGAUUCCUGGGGGCAACCACCACCGCCCGGUAUGAGCCCGAGCAUGGGUAGCUCCAGGUCGUUGUUCACUUACGAGGAACUUGAGGCAGCGACUGCUGGAUUCUCCAGGGCCAAUCUUCUCGGCGAGGGUGGGUUUGGAUGUGUAUACAAGGGAUUUCUCCAUGGUGGUCAAGUUGUAGCUGUGAAGCAGCUUAGAGUUGGAAGCAGGCAAGGAGAGCGUGAGUUUCGAGCUGAGGUUGAGAUUAUCAGCAGAGUUCAUCACAGGCAUCUGGUUUCGCUGGUUGGAUACUGCAUUGCGGAUGCUCAGAGGUUGCUGGUUUACGAUUUCGUGCCAAAUGGAACGCUGGAGCAUCACCUGCACGGUAAAGGUAGACCCGUGAUGGAUUGGCCAACGAGAUUGAAAAUAGCUUCUGGUUCUGCUCGUGGACUAGCAUAUCUUCAUGAAGACUGCCAUCCUCGAAUCAUUCAUCGGGACAUAAAGUCGUCUAACAUUCUUUUGGAUAAUAAUUUUGACGCUCAGGUCUCUGACUUUGGGCUUGCGAAGCUCGCUUCUGACACUUACACACACGUCACUACUCGAGUUAUGGGAACCUUCGGGUACCUUGCGCCUGAGUACGCCUCCACAGGAAAACUGACGGAGAAGUCAGACGUGUACUCCUUCGGAGUCGUCCUAUUGGAACUUCUAACGGGAAGGAGGCCUGUAGAUACCACGCAACCUGUGGGAAAAGAGAGCUUGGUCGAAUGGGCUCGACCAUACCUCAUGCAGGCUAUCGAGAAUGGCGACCUCGACGGCAUAGUCGACGAAAGACUAGCAAACUACAACGAGAACGAGAUGCUACGAAUGGUCGAGGCAGCUGCAGCCUGCGUUCGACACUCAGCCAGCGAACGCCCAAGGAUGGCAGAGGUUGUCCCCGCUCUAAAAAGCGAUAUCUCCAACCUCAACCAAGGAGUAAAGCCAGGCCACAGCUCGAACUUCACGAGUGCGGACUACAAUAGCAACCAAUACGCCUCGGACAUGAAAAGGUUCCAAAAGGUGGUGUUUGGAAGCCAAGAACACGGGAGCUCCGAACACAGUGGCCCGCCGACGAGUGAUCCCUCGGUGUCGAGCAGUGGAGGGAUGAGCAGCAUGGAGAUGGAGAGGCGGCGGGCUGGGUUGCUUUGGAGCUCGGACACGACGAGUUCCAGUGAGAUCAAUGCCAACACCAACAGCAGUAAUCGUCUCAAUGGCCGGUAAAAUUUCGAGAAGAAAGAUCACAUGGAAGAAGAGAAGAUUUUUUUAAGUUACUACGUUGUCUCGUUUGUAUAAUAUAUUUUAUCGAUGCUUGGCCGCGAUGGCCGGGCUUGUGUC